UGUUCUUUGGUUGCUCCGUUGUAGAACCCUACAACAGAAUGUUUCAGAAAGAGUUUUUAAAACCUGAACCCUUUAGAAAACCAAGAGAUCUUUGAAAAACCUAUGCAUGGCCCUUUUCUAAAAGUGUAGUUUAAGAUGGUUCAAGACUUCUUAUCACAUUUAUAUUGGACAGACAGCAUGAAGUCUAAUGUAGAGUAAUUUUUUUUUUUAAUGUACAUGGAGAUUUAAGAUUCUUGACCUAGUUGAGAACAUGUUAUGACUGAGGGAACAGACCAGCCCUGCUCUGUCAGGUAAUCCUGAUCUUCUUUGUGCUGCUGAGUUCAUUAAAUAUUCAGCACCUUGCUGAGAGCUUUAGACUGGGUUUGGUUACAUUCAGAACAGAGCAGUACUAAGCCUAUUCUUGAUCAGGUCGGAUUAUGGCUCAAAAUGCAGAUUCUGUGCUGACUUUUUGCCGAAGUUACGCUUUCACCUUUUUGCUUCUCUGUUAUCUCCUCUACAUGAUUAUUGGUGCAGUUAUUUUCAUGGUGCUUGAGCAACCUGAGCAGAAUUCACUUGUUGCUGAAGUACAUGAACUUCGGGUGAGGUUUUUAGAAAACAACCAGUGUGUGAAAGAAAGUAGUUUGGAUCGUUUACUGAAGAAGGUGCUCUUUGCUGGAAAACGUGGGGUAACUCUAAAAGCUGACAGUGACGAGUAUAACUUCGACUUCACUUCAUCGUUAUUUUUCGUCAUAACUUUUCUCACGACUACAGGUUAUGGUACCACUGUUCCACUGUCAGAUGAGGGCCGAGUGUUUUGUAUGCUUUACUGUGUCUUCGGUAUUCCUCUCACCUUCCUCCUGCUCUCCUGCAUCACCCAUGCCCUGGUGCCCAGACUGAGUCAUGCUCCCAUACGCCACCUUCAGAUCUACUGGGGUCUGUCUCGCAACAAGGCGGCCCUGAUUUACUGCGGAAUAUUAGCGGCGAGCACAGCGACACUGUUCUUCCUGCUGCCUGCUGUCAGUCUCUGUCUGUUGGAGAAAGACUGGAGCUUUCUAGAGUCAUUCUACUUUUGCUUCAUUUCGCUCAGUACCAUCGGGUUGGGAGAUUAUCUGCCUGGACAGACGCACAGUUGGGCUGCACGGCAAGCACUGGAAUUCGCCACUUCCUGUUACUUGGUGCUCGGUCUUGUUGUCUUGCUGGUUGUUAUGGAGAGCUUCUGGAAGCUGCAGCAAGUGCAGGCCUUGGUGCGUCUCUUUGUUGGGUCUACAGCAGCCUCACUAAAAGAAGAUGAUCUUGAUGAGCAGGCGCUCAGUGAAUGGCCAGACAGCCAUGAUAUUCCAACAGCGGACGUCCAGUUUAAGCCUCCUAUCUCCAUCAUCUCACACCGCAUAUCUGACUUACCACCAACCCCUUCUGUGGAGGAUGCAUGUACACCAUUCACGCCACAAGUGGCAAGUUACAAGAAGACCGUGCGUCCUCCACAUCAGCCAGACACUGAUCCAGACCCAGCUGAUCAAAACAACUGAUUACCAAAGUCAAAUGCACAUCUGUCUUGUUACUCGUUCCUGGGCUUUAAACCAAAUCCUGCCUGAUGCACCUCUGACACUCUGAUAAUCUCAAGGAUUUAUCUGCCUGCAGUCAUUGCCAGAGUGUUGGAGAUUAUACAGGAAUUUUAGGAAUUUCCUGAAAUAAGUGUUGUCUGCAUCAAAAUCGGUUCCCCGCUGUUAAAGAAAAUACUUCAUACUUUAUUUUCCAUUUAAAGUUUCAAUCCCAUUAUGAGCACAAACAAUAGAGACAUUCUUCAAUACAUUAUUAAAUUAACUGCAUAAAUAUAUACAGAUGCUCAGAGUAAACUUGUAAUAUGUUUGAAAAUUUUCUUUUAGUGUGUAGAGAAGUUCUGGAGUUAGUAAUUUCAGAACAUUUUUGUUGUGCCUAAGGCUAUAAGAGUUGAACUCCAGUACAUUAGGGGUGGCAAUAUGGCAUUGUGAUUUAUUUUCUUAUCCAACAGUCACAAAACAAUUAAACUAUUUAAUGAGGAAAAGAUGGUACAAAAUUGGUACAGAAAUUGAGGCAGUUAAAGGCCCAAGCAAUGACGUUUGCGAGGGUUGCGAGAUGGCAAAACCACCUCAGCAAUCUUACAAGCUUACAGUGAAUAACAAUGGUUUAUAACAACGAUUUAUUAUAGCUCAGAGACUCAGUGGUUUAUAAAAUCACCAACACUGUAAAAAGUGUAUCAUUAGUAAAUUGUCAUUUUUCCAAGCCCUGCUGUACCAUAUUGUUUUCCCUGUAAUGGAUUAAAACUCACUUGGGGCUGUUUAAAUAAACAAAUUGAUGUGUUUUGCUGCACAUUUGUAAAAUAUUCUAUUCUUUCAUCUUUUUAUUCUGUAAUCUUUUUUCUGAAUUUUCUGAGUUGAGUUAGAAAACUCUCAGCCACUAGAUGGAAGCCUGCUCACAGUGUUCAUGCUAAUGCAAAUUGAAGCCAUCCAUAAAAUGGAAUAUUUUUAAAAGAUGUUACAUAUUACAAAACAUGAAAUAUCCAAAAAAAAAAAAAAAAAGACCAAAUGUUAUUUAGAUCACUUGUAUGAGG